AUGCCUCAGUACACGAACAUAAUAAAGAGGCGCACGCACGUGACAAGAGAGGAAGCUCUCAUAUGCUUGAGCGUGAACGGGGAGGAGUUUGACAGAUACUGUGUGCUCACGGACACGCACCCGUACAUCAACUCGAAGGACAAGCUCACCAAUAAGUCCACCCGGGUCCAGUACACGCUAACGGACAUCCACCGAAUUCGAGAGUCCGAGCCGUACAAGAAAAUGAAGAUGAAAAAAGAGAAUGCCAGAAAAAGAGACGUGUACGCCAGGAGAGGGCAGCUGUACAAGCUAGAGCACCUGCGAGAGGAGAAGAUAGACUACGGCAAGAUCCUGCUAAGCAAGUACCCGUCCUUUGAAGAUGUAUAUGAGGACCUGGGGGAGGCCUUGACUGUGCUUAUACUUGCAGAAAGGCUGAUCCGAAACAGGAGCAGGCUGCUGCGGGGCUUUGAAGUAAACAUAUACAAGAAGAUAUGUAGAGAGCUUUCUCUGUUCUAUCUGUACUUGAUGGCCGUGCAGCCAGAGUACAAAGUGUUUUUGUCGAAAGAGGGCAUAUACUACAGCACAGAAGUGUGCGGAAACGAAGUGUUUUGGAAGGAGGCGUACCCGCUUGCAGAUCCGGAGGAUGCGCUCGGAAUAAACUACAACGUGAUCGUGCAGACGGCAGAGUUUAACGCAUACCUUCUGGAGAAAGUCAACUUCAGGCUGUACAAGGCUCUUGGAGACGCCCACGUUGAGUGUUUGCGCGAGGUUCGUAGAAGGCACAGCGACGCCAAAGAGGGGGACGCGCCUCAGAAAGCAGAAAACACGGCAGAAGAGAAGGAUGGCGAGGAAGCGCCCGCUCGGUACAAAGCCCCUGUGCGGUCUCUGCAGUGCGAGGACGACACCAGAGAAGAGUUCGUCCGGGAAAUGGACACGGGCGAGUUCGGGGGCUUCAAUCUCUUGGACAUGCACCGGGAAAUGCCCGCAUGCAGCAGAGCGGGCCUGUUCAAAGGGAGCGUGUUUUACAUAUGCAGCAGCGUAGGGACUAUAAUGCACUCCAUUCGGAUGCUCGUUGUGUCGGGAGGAGGCCGGGUGGCGCGCACAGAAGAGGAGUCUACAAUAUACAUAUGCAAAACAGUGCCAAGCAACUUCCGGGUGGAAUACAACUAUGCACACCCACAAAUUGUGUACGACAGCUUGAACGCAAAUCUGCUGCAGGAUGUUUCCAAGUACAGGCCAGGGAAAGAAAUUGUGCCGCACGUUUGCCCGUACAAGAGCAUGCUAGACGUCACGGAUUUGGACACAUUCAAUCUGUCGCAGAGGAAGAGACAGGAAAUAGAGUCGCUCGUAAACCACAGAAAGUAA